CGGUUCCUUGAUGGACGAAGAAGGCCAACUGAUCCAGCCUCAGGACCAGAGCUGCUGGGCCACCCUGCCCGAUGUGUGCCUACGUCGUAUUUUCUGGUGGCUGGGAGACAAGGACAGGUCCAGAGCGGCCCUUGUCUGCAGAAAGUGGAACCAGAUGAUGUAUUCGGCUGACCUCUGGCGAUACAGGACCAUCACGUUUAGUGGGAGACCUUCCAGGGUACACACGUCCAAAUUUGAGUCGGCUCUUUGGUAUGUUAAGAAAUUUGGUCAUUAUCUGGAGCACCUGGAGAUCAAAUUCCUGAAUCCUUACAAUGCUCUCCUGACCAAGAAGUUCCAGGUCACCAUGCAAGGCCUUCUCUUGUGUCUGGGCAAGAGAAACAACCGUCUGAAAUCUCUCUCCAUCCAGUACCUGGAACUGGACCGCCUGGUCUGGAGGAACAGCACCAGGAGCUUGUUCAUGAAAAGCUUGAGCUCAUUCUUGAAGAAGAUGGGCAAACACCUGGAUUAUCUCAACCUAAAAGGGGCCCGGCUCACCGUGGAGCAAGGCUGCCACAUCCUCAACUCCCUGAGCCACUUAAAGAGAGAGAGUAUGGUGUCAGGGCUCAACAUCGAGGACUACUUCAGCCACCACCUCGCUGUCUACAGCAGCCCCCAGUUCAACCAGACCAUGGCCACGUUCCGCAACCUGGUGUCCCUGACCCUCAACUACAACUGCAUCUCCGACGAGCUGCUGGAGAGCUUGGGUGAGAACAACGCCGGCACCCUCUGGACCAUGAACAUCAAGUGCCACACUCGCGACCCCCACGGGCAGGUCAUCUGGGGCAUGUCCUGGGCCAAGCUGGCCAGGUCUGCCACCAACCUGCAAGUCAACUUCUGCUUUGAGCAAGUCAUGAAGUAUGAGCACCUGGCCCGGAUCCUCCUGCAGGAGAUCCCGGUCAGAAGCAUUAGUCUGAGAAACUGCUCUUUCAGGGACCCCGACUGGUCCAUGAGGCCCACUCUGACGGAUCUCCUGCCCACCUUCCGGCACACUCUGCAGAAACUAACUUUUGAGUUCAACAACAGCCAUGAGUCUCUGGACAAGGAGCUGCACCUCCUCAUCUUAUCCUGCAGGAAGUUGUUUUACUUCAAAAUCUGGGCUUUCCUUGAUGUUAAGUUUGUGGAGCAGAUCCUGAAGAGUCAGGAAGAAGGGCGGUGUGCCCUGCGCACACUCAAGGUGAAAAUCUAUAUAAACAGAUAUGAGACGAAUGAAGAGGACAGGACACUACGGGAAAUUUACAGGAAGUACAGAAAGCUGAUCGAUUCAGAGCUUAACUAUUUUGUCAUCGCUUACUCCCUGAUGUAACGAGAGCUCUCCAGAGGAAGAAAGCCAAGAGCACUUUGAACUUGACAGUGGGAGCCUCACAGAAUGACACUUGAGGCAUCCCUUAACCCCACCCCUUUUUCUCCUCUCUCUCCUCUUUGCUAGUUUCACACCAAAAUGACACCCCAGCAACGGCUGGGACUUCUGGUCAUGUGAAGACCCCAGGUGACUUUAAAGUGCUAUCUUUACCAACUAUCUGGGGGUGAUUUCUUUUUUCGUCCUUUGGUUUUGCUUUUUGACCCUCACUCAGCCACAGAGCUGAAAGCCCAAAGCCGCCUGGAGCAGUGUCUUACUCGGGGACCCUGACUCUUGCUAAUCUCCCUCCGGAAAAGGUGUAAGUAGCCAGAGAGCAAAUAGAGCUGCAUUUUCCACUGACUGUCAGUGUCAGUUCAGAAACACUUUCUAUGCUGGCUGACCUUCACAUUAGAACCUCCUGCCACUGACGCUGGCCAGGCCUGAUCUCAGAUGAAAGAAAUUCACCAGCACAUCCUAGAGUGAAGCAGGGAAAUUCCCUCGUUUAGAAGGAGCCUGCUCAGAGCUGGGGCUCCCUCCCACAGGAGAUCAACCCCUAAUUUAUCAGUGUUGUGGACUCGGGUCUCCCGCAUCUGCUUUUCUGGUGUCUCCUUUGUUCCCCAUCCAGGCAGCAUGGCGCCCAGCCUGCUACAAACGUUCAGUUCUCAUGUGGGGCUGAACCAGAAGUGGCCUUUACACUCAUAUUCACGAAGAAUCUGUAAUGUCCUGGAGAACUAGUCCUAAUGCGACGUUAAGUGAAACUGUGUUUAGUGUGAUACCAAUCACGUAAAAACACAAAUACAGGGGUAUUUUUAAGCAGAGAAGAGAUAUACCAAAAUUCUUAAUAGUUAUCUCUGGGUGGUGGGAUUAUGGGUGAUUUUUAUUUCCCUUUUCAUGCUUUCCCCUAUCUCUCAAAUUUUCUACAAAGACCAUGUGUUAUUUUUACAGUCACAGGGAAAUCUGAUGGGUUUUAAAUGGGGAAUAAGGAUAAAUUCCUGAGCCCAUGCCAUUGUCAUAGAUUGCUUUUGGUCUUUUGAGAUUUUUGUGCAUAUAGUUGCUUAUGGAGGGGGUCUUCCAAUAGAUAUAAAUUUAAUACAUCUCAGAACAUUUUGACAAGUGUCUCACUUGCGAUUUUAUCUUAUCUUUUGUAUGUUGUGUCCAUAUUUAUGCUUAGCUUUUCAGGUCUUUGUUCAAGUUCA